UAUUUUAAAAAAAGAAAACAUUAGGUUUUUAUCGUGAUCUUGACUCUAUCUAUAUUUAAUUCGUUUAGACAACACCAUGUUAUUUUUCUAACAUAAUGCAUUCAUAUUGACGAUUAAAAAUGUGAAAAUAAUUAAGAAAUGUUUUUAGGUGAUAGUCUUCGAGAAAAUGCAGCAAAGAGAGAGACAAAAAGAGAGAGAGAAAAAGCAAUUGAAAUUCUAGAGUAAGAAACGAUUUGAGGACCCUCAAGAAAAGAAAAAAAAAAAUCAAUGGAGACUUCAAGAACGGUUGGGUAUGAUGUAUUCAUCGAUUACAGUUCUAAGGAUACACGCCACUCCUUCGUCAGCCACCUCCACGCCGCUUUCGGGCGGAGAGGUAUCUCGGUGUUCCUUGCAGAGCACUGCACCCUCUCCGAGGCAACACUGAAGCCCGGUUUCGAGUUAGCCAACGAAAUUCAGUUGGCGAUUGAGAGAUCUAAAAUAUAUGUGGUGGUUUUCUCCAAGAACUACGCGUCCUCGCCUCUCUGCUUGGAAACACUCAUGACGUUUAUGGAUCUCCAACGGCGUAAAGACGGCCCGGUGGUGAUUCCGGUUUUUUAUGGUGACGUUACUCGAUCGAUCGUUGAGCAACAGACAGAAAGAUUCAAAGAGGAUUUUUCCAAGCACCGUGGUUUUUUCUCCGAUGAGAAAGACCGAGUAGAAAGAUGGAGAAAGGGUCUGACAGAAGCGGCCAAAUUACAUGGCCAUGAAUCAAUUGAACAACAAAAUGACUCGGAGUUAGUAGAAGAUAUCGUUGCGGAUGUGCGGGAGAGGUUGUGUCCAACAGGUAUGAUCGGGUUCUACUCGAGGUUGCUUGGGAUAGAAAACUUGCUUUUCAAGCAAUCUCAUGACAUAUACCGAUUAGGGAUUUGGGGUAUGCCUGGCAUUGGCAAGACAGCCAUUUCUCAAGAAUCCUUUAACCAAAUGACUAAGCACUUUGAAACUCAGUGCUUCAUCCAAGACUUCCACGUAGCGUUUAAUGAUAAGGGAUUAUACGUAUUGCGGGAAGAAUAUUUGAUCGACAAACUUAGAGAGAAAAGAGUUCUUGUUGUUCUUGAUGAUGUGCGCAAUCCAAUGGAUGCUGAGUCUUUCCUAGGAGGAUUUGAUCAUUGUUUUGGUCCCGAAAGUUUAAUGAUCAUAUCAUCCCGAGAUAAACAAGUUCUUCAUCAGUGUCAGGUUGAUAGUGUUUACGAGAUACCGGCUUUAAACAAGAAGGAGGCUCAACGGUUAUUCACCCGGUUUGCAUUUUCAGAAAAAGAACCAAGUGAUACUAAUCUUAUAGAAGUGUCAAAGAAGGUCGUUGAGUAUGCUGAUGGAAAUCCUUUAGCUCUCUGUCACUAUGGCAGAGAGCUGGGGAAGAAGAAACCGGAAGAAGUGGUGGCGGAAUUCGAGAAGAUUAAGCAAUCUCCUCCGCGGGAGAUUAUGCAUGUGUUUAAGAGCAGCUAUGAUGAGCUCAGCGAAAAUGAGAGGAGCAUAUUCUUAGACAUUGCUUUUUUCUUUAACGGUGAAAACCUCGAUUAUGUCAUGCGUAUACUUGAAGGGUGUGGUUUCUUCCCACACGUUGGUAUUGACCGUCUUGUAGAACGGUCUUUAUUGAUGAUAUCAAAGAACAACAAUGUUGAGAUGCAAAUUUUGAUUCAGGAUAUUGCUCGGAAUAUCGUCAAUGAAGAAAAAAAUCAAAUCACAAGGCAUCGCAGAUUGUGGGAUCCUUCAAUCAUUAAAUCAUUUCUAGAAGAAAAUAAACCUAAGGGGACUGAAGUUAUUGAAGGAAUUUUUCUAGACACAACAAAAUUAACCGUUGAUGUUAAUCCUAAGGCCUUUGAGAAUAUGUAUAAUCUUAGACUAUUGAAGAUCUACAGUUCAAACUCUGAAAGUACUCAAGAAUUCCAUCUUCCCAAGGGACUCCGCUCUUUGCCUUAUGAGCUCAGGCUACUUCAUUGGGAAAAGUAUCCGUUGCGAUCGUUUCCUGAAGACUUUGAUCCUAGACACCUUGUUGAACUCAAUAUGCCUUAUAGUCAUCUUCAGAAUCUCUGGGAAGGAACCAAGAGUUUGGUGAAGUUGAAGAUAAUAAAUCUUAGCCAUUCUCAGCAACUAGUUGAAGUUGAUGUACUUUUGAAAGCUUGUAGUCUUGAGCAAAUCCAUCUUCAAGGUUGCACAAGCUUGGAGAGCAUCCCACACAUUGAUCAGCUAGAGAAUCUUCAACUUCUGAAUCUUUCUGGUUGCACGAGACUCAAACGUAAAGAGAUUCUAGAGGAAAUAAAAAAACUUGAUCCAGAAGGCGGGUUAAGAGAAACAAAAUUUGAAUCAUUGGUGUUCUCCACGUUAGUAGAGCUGGAACUUGAGGAUAACACCGAGAGCUUUUCAUAAGAACAAAAAAAAGAUUUGAUAUGUUAAAACUUUCAGGUUUCCUCCCAGAGAUGUCUUAAAAGAAGUAGGGGAUUGUAAUCUAAACAGAGACAGUCGUUGCGAAAUUACCCUAAUUAGAGCUUGAAACUCUGAUGAGAGUCUUGUUAUUUGACAUUGGACAGAAAGUAGAAGAAAAUGAUGUUCAAUAUUUUUUUUA